CAGUCAGUGAAUUCAUGUAUUACAAAUAUAAAACAACUUAAAUUGAUAAUGGUUAAACCAAAACAGUUCAAACUUAUCCUCAAUGACGAAAAAACAGUUUAUUUCCCAGGAAAUAUGAUCAGUGGCCAACUGGUCAUAGAACUUGACAAUCCUAUGAAAAUGGAAGCAAUCGCAAUCAAAUUUAUUGGUCAAGCCUAUGUGCAUUGGACCGGACAGCAAUCAUCAGGAGGACCUUCUGCCAUUGAGAACUUAUUUUAUCAUGAAGAUAUUGUACCUGGAAAAUCAGAUGACAACCAGACAUCCCUUGCUAAAGGGCAUCAUGUUUUUUCGUUUCAAUAUAAACUUCCAGAACCACUACCAUCAUCAUAUGAAGACUUGAUUGGAUAUAUUCGAUAUUUUGUGAAGGCAACAAUUGUAAAACCUGGAAAGUUUGAACAAAACACAGUUCGUGCUUUUACAAUUCUCGAUUCUUUGGAUCUUAAUGCUAUUCCUGAUGCUAUGAAGCCUUGUGGAGGACAAGAAUCGAAACAACUUUGUUACUUGUGUUGUAAAAGUGGACCAAUUGAAAUGGAAUUUCAUACAGACAGAUCUGGUUAUGUACCUGGUGAAUACAUAUUACUCAACGGGACAAUCACAAAUUCCAGGUUGGAAUUUAGUAACACAAAAGUGGAAGGAUCUUCUGUUCAGUUGAUAAAGAGAGUGACAUAUCAUGCAAUGUAUAAUUCCAAAAUUGUAAUAUUAGAAGUUGCAAGGAUAAAUGGACCUCCUGUUCCAAAACAUGGAAGCAUAACAUGGACAAAUGAACGAUUACGUAUCCCACCUCUUCCACCAUCAGAAAUAAAUCACUGCAAAAUCAUUGACAUUGUUUACUUUGUUCAGUUUCAAGCUCAUCUCAGGUCAUUUGCCACUGAUCCUCGUAUCAACUGCAGAAUAACGAUAGGCACGAUUCCUUUGCGAAAUCUUCCAUUAUACAGAAAUGCUGGUACAUCCAAAAUUGUGACUGGUCCACAGACACAACACCUUGCCACAGAUAUUGAUUCCGCUACAGAUGUAUUAUCAACUCAACAAAAAAGUCUUCAACCUCCACCACUGUCUUAUGCUGAAUCUGAAGACAAACAUCUUUUUAAUAUCAACGAUGAAGAUGGUAAUGAACCCAGCAUGGGAGAAACAUCAUUCAAACCUCAAUACACUUACUAUGCUUGGAAAGAAUCUGCUUUUACGCAUUUUUAAUAAUAUUGUGGGUUUAGCAGCUUUGUGCAUCCUAGUUUGGUUCAAUGAUGUAAAUAAACUGAAUACCAUGAAACGGUGAUUGUCGUACGGUUUACAGAUUUGAAUCUAUAUUGAGAACUACUAUAUCAUCUUAAAGACUAAUGCAAUUUAUGUCUUCCCAUAUACUAUCAUGCACUUGUCUGGCUUUUUUGUUUAUUGUUUUUGUUAAUCAUCAAUUCUUCAUGACAUAUGCCAUACUUUUCUUCAACAUUUUUCACUUUAUUUAUACUUUUUUUGAAGUUUCUGUUGCAAACAGAAUUUUUUUCAUUGCCAUGAGCAAUUUUACAAUCAAAUGUUUUUCAAUUUAUAUAAUGCAUUUAAGCUAUUUUUCCUAAGGACUGUUUUAGAAUGACUUUAUCAUCGCUAAAAAUGCCAUUUUGAUAUUACACCAGCGUUUGGAAGAUUCAAGUUAUGGAUAUGACAAAAACAUCUAUUUCAAAUGACUCUAAUUGUUUGGAGAACACGCAAUCGAGUCUCAGAAAUAGAAAAAGACUGAAUGAAUGAUGAUUAUUUGACUUGUAGAUUGGUGUUGUCUUGAAAAUAAUCAACUAUACAUCAAAUCAAGCUACAGUGUUGCAUCAAAUGUAACAGUGAAUUUCUUUAACAGUAAUUUCUUGGUAAAAACUUAAGUCAAAUUCUUGCUAGGUUAAGAUAAGGAAUGAUCACAUUGUACUAUUUUGAAAAAUUUAUUUAAAUACUGUUCUCUUCUUAUGAUAUCAUAUUUUUGUAUUUCAUUAUAGUUUUCAUAUAGUUGAGAUCUUACAUACAUUAGUGUUUUCAUUCACUGGGUAUUAGAAUAAUGUACUUUGCUUUGUGAAAAAUGAAUGACUGUGACUUCUACGUUUGGAGUAUACCAUCCUUAAAUUGAGCUUAGCUUAAUUUUUGCCCGUUAAUAAUGUUUAUUCAAAAAGCCUGAGCAAUAAAUCUGUACGCAAAUUC